AUGGCAAAGAGGAAUACUACUACUGUGACUGAAUUCAUUUUGCUGGGAUUCACAGACAACCCAAAGCUACGGAUCUUCCUCUUUAUGGUCUUUCUCUUCAUCUACCUGAUAAUCCUACUGGGGAACCUUGGGAUGAUUGUGUUAAUCAAGACUGACUCCCAGCUUCACACCCCUAUGUACUUUUUCAUCAGCAACUUGGCCCUCUUAGACAUUGGAUACUCCACCAUCAUUGCUCCGAGGAUCCUGAUGACCUUCAUCACAGAGAGCAAAGUCAUAUCUUUCACUGGGUGCGCUGCACAGUUAUUUUUUUGUUGCAUUGCUGUAUCCUGUGAAUGCUGCCUGUUGGCAGUGAUGGCAUAUGAUCGAUUCACAGCCAUCUGCAGUCCAUUGCUCUACACUGUCAUUAUGCCCAAGCAGUUCUGCAUCUUUCUGGUGCUGGGCUCCUACUUCACAGGAUGGGUAAAUGCAACAGUCCAGGCCAUUUUUAUAUUUCGGCUGUCCUUCUGCAAUUCCAACAUCAUCAACCAUUUCUUCUGUGAUGUGCCCCCAAUUUUGAAGCUGUCCUGUUCUGAUACCCACAUCACUGAAUAAAUGGCAAAGAGGAAUACUACUACUGUGACUGAAUUCAUUUUGCUGGGAUUCACAGACAAUCCCAAUCUGCAGAUCUUCCUCUUUAUGGUCUUUCUCUUCAUCUACCUGAUAAUCCUACUGGGGAACCUUGGGAUGAUUGUGUUAAUCAAGACUGACUCCCAGCUUCACACCCCUAUGUACUUUUUCAUCAGCAACUUGGCCCUCUUAGACAUUGGAUACUCCACCAUCAUUGCUCCCAGGACCCUGAUGAGCUUCAUCACAGACAACAAAGUCAUAUCUUUUACUGGGUGCACUGCACAGUUCUUUUUCGGUUGCAUUGCUGUAUCCUGUGAAUGCUGCCUGUUGGCAGUGAUGGCAUAUGAUCGAUUCACAGCCAUCUGCAGUCCUUUACUCUACACUGUCAUUAUGUCCAAGCAGUUCUGCAUCUUUCUGGUGCUGGGCUCCUACUUCACAGGAUGGGUGAAUGCAACAGUCCAGGCUGUUCUUAUAUUUCGACUGUCCUUCUGCAAUUCCAACAUCAUCAACCAUUUCUUCUGUGAUGUGCCCCCAAUUUUGAAGCUGUCCUGUUCUGAUACCCACAUCAUUGACAUGAUUCAUUUCACAUUUUCAACUGCAAUAGUAAUAAUUACCAUCCUGACCAUUCUCAUGUCCUAUAUAUAUAUUUUAGUUGCUAUCUUAAAAAUCAACUCUGCUGAUGGCAGGCGUAAAGCCUUCUCCACCUGUGCCUCCCACUUGACAGCUGUCACUGUUUUCUAUGGGACAGGCACUUUCAUGUACUUACGGCCCAGUUCAAGGUACUCCAUGGACGAGGACAAAAUCAUCUCUGUGUUUUACACCCUUGCAAUUCCAAUGCUGAACCCACUGAUCUAUAGCCUGAGGAAUAGGGAAGUGAAAGAGGCAUUCAGGAGGAUGGUAGACAAGAAGCUGUUUUUUUGUUGA